CAUCAUCAUCAUCAUCGCCAUGUCUUCUGUUGUGUCAUCGUUUCGUGAGGGGGCAGUCCAGUCCCCCUCCUCCCACAGAGACUUUCCUGAGGAGGCCUGGGUGAACUAUGAAUCUUUUCUGACUCGCGAUCCCUCGCCCGUGAGCCAGCAGACAGCCUGGGACUCUCCUGGUCAAGCAGCCUACGACUUCCGCUCCGACUACGUGACAUCUCCAAAUGUAGCCAUGCUGGCCUCGAUCAUCAAUACCAGCCUGCUAGACGACGUCAUGAAGGAAGACCCCACCACCAACUCCUUCCAGGAGCUUAUUGCCCGCUUGACCGGCCACGAAGACUCGCUGUUGGUCAUGUCGGGAACAAUGGGCAACCAAGUGGCGUUGCGCACAGCCCUGCUAGCCCCUCCCUACAGCAUUCUCGCCGACAGCCGCAGUCACAUCAUCGGCAUGGAAGCCGGCGGACCGGCAACACUGUGCGGGGCCUUGUUGCAAGGCGUCACUCCGUCUAAUGGCCAUCACCUCACCCUCGCGGACGUGAAGAAGCAUGUCACGCUUCGCGAGGACGUGUAUGACUGCCCCACACGCAUCAUCAGUCUUGAGAACACUCUGUCCGGCACGAUUAUGCCGCUGGAGGAUGUACGCGCCAUCUGCACCUGGGCCCGAAGCCAAAAUCCGCCCAUCCACAUGCACCUCGACGGUGCGCGACUGUGGGAGGCUGUGGCAGCCGGAGCUGGCUCUCUCAAGGACUACGCCACCUGUUUCGACAGUGCGCAGUUGUGCUUCACCAAGGGUCUUGGCGCCCCGAUUGGAUCCAUCGUUAUUGGCAACAAGGCCUUUAUGAAGCGCGCUCGCUGGAUGCGCAAGCUCCUGGGCGGCGGCAUCCGCGCGGCCGGCAUCGUGUGCGCCCCAGCUCGCGUGGCGGUCGAGCAGAUCUUCCUUGGUGGACGUCUGUGUGCUAAUCAAGAGACAGCGAAGCGGCUCUCCAAGCUGUGGGUAAGUCUGGGUGGAAAGCUCCAACAUCCCACCGAAACGAAUAUGAUAUGGUUGGAUCUGGAGGCUGCCGAGAUUGACAAGGAGCACUUCGCGGAUCUGGCGGAGAGGGCAGGUAUCAAGACCAUGCGUGGUCGCUUGCAGGGCCGAAUCAUCAUUCACUACCAGAUCUGCGAUCGUGCCUUGGAGGCCUUGGCGAAUCUUUUCGCAGACGUUCUCAAGGGGAAGCGGGAGUAUCGGCUGGAGUGA